UAAUACAAUAUAUAUUGUACAUUAAAUAAUGAUUUAUGGAACCCUAAAUUUAUUAUUGUGUUAAUCCUAACCUUACUUUCACCUGUCAAAAAAUCUAACCUACAAACGUCAAAUAUUUCAUAAAAACCAAUCUUUUGUAUUAAACGAUUUAACACAAAUUAAUAAUGGAAAUGCGUGAUAUAACAUAUCGGAAAGGUGAUUACGUGGAAACAGCUUCCGGUAACAAAGUAAGCAAACAAUCGGUUCUGUGUGGUUCGCAAAAUAUAAUUCUUCAAGGAAGGGUUAUAGUUCAAGCGGAUGCUAUAAUUCGAGGCGAUUUGGCGAGUGUAAAAACGGGGCGAUACUGUGUAAUUAGUAAAGGAGCAGUUAUUCGACCCCCUUUUAAAAAAUUUAGUAAAGGAGUCGCAUUUUUUCCGUUAAUUAUGGGAGAUAAUGUGUUUAUUGGUGAAAAUUCUGUGGUUAAUGCUGCUGUGGUUGGAUCGUACGUCUAUAUUGGGAAAAAUUGCGUGAUAGGGCGACGAUGCCAGUUAAAAGAUUGCUGUGUUAUAGAGGAUAAUGCUGUUAUUCCUCCUGAAACUGUUAUACCACCGUUUACAAGGUAUAAAGGAAAUCCUGGGAUGCAGUUUGGAGAGGUUCCUGAGUGUGAAAUGGAUUUAAUGAUUGAUUUUACCAGGGCUUAUUAUAAACAUUUUGUUCCAGCUAAAUUAAUAUAAUUAAUUUUUGUAUUAAUAUUUAUUGUAAGAAUAAUA